AUGUGCAAACAAGUCGGCGAACACGUCAGAGCGGUUCAGAUUGCGAGGGAGGAGCCGGGCCUGCCUCCAGCGACAUUCCGCGACCGGGCCGACGUCAUCUCUGCAUUCUCGCGAGCCUUGCUCCCUAAACUUAGCUCGAAAAGGAAUACUUUAGUCUUCGACGUACGUUCCAAUAGGAGUGGGACCGGCGAAAGAUUAUUGCAAAAGCGAGGCAUGCUGAGGGGAGCGAGGUCCUGCGAGUCGUGGUCGCGCGGAGGGCGCGGGGAGUCGCGUGCGCAGCUCGCCGUCCGUCCCUGGUCCGGAGCAACGGCCCCGUCAAGGGCGGCGACGCUGCAAAAUUCUGCAAGUCCGCGGCGACUUAGUGCAUCGCGUUCGGCCACGGCGGUACCGCGUAUGAUUGAGCCUCUGUGGGCGCAGCGCACGCGCAGCCCUAUGUUAAAUAACAGUUAUUUCGGACUGAAAUGGAAGUGUUCCGCAUUCCAUGCUUGA